GUUAGGGUUUAUGGCGUUGGUUGAUUAUGGCGCGUCUUCGUCCGACGAGGAGGACGAGCGCAUGGACGCCGUGGAGCCGGCACCUCCAGCACCGCAACCAAUGCCAUCAGCAAUUCCAGCGCCAGAGGAAUCGCGAGUGAGGCUACCGGAUGCGGCACAAGAGCUGGCUGGAAUCGGGGGAAAUCCGAGCAGUGGCAGCAGUAGCGCAAGGAAACGAAGCAGCCAGGAAUCAAAUGGGACGAGACGGCCGCCAUCGCCGCGGAGGAAGGCUGCUCAUAGCAGCUCGCGAUCGUCAGUGGGAUUGCCACCGCCGGACACUGCCGGUGGCCGCCUCAUCCCUCCCCAGCUCCUCCAAAGAAGGAGAAAUGUGGUGACCCAAGAUCUAGACAAGCUGUUCGUGCGAGGAAGAACGAGGCAGUAGAAGAGUAAAAAGCCAAGGUAACGGGGUAACGUUUUUCUACCGUGGUCAGUCGACGAGGUUUCGAAUCGCGCGAAGCCAGUGGAGGGAAAGGAAUUUGUAUUUGUUUUCUUUUUCUUUUUUUGGCAAAAUGUGGGGCAGUGGGUUAAACAAACGGUGUGCCCAUUUUUUAGGGUUAGCUCUCAUCUCUCAUCAGAGGAGCAAAGCCAUGGUGGAAUGGCAUCGUUUAGGUGGGGGUGGGGUAAUCCAUUGGAGCACCAUGCCCUACUAUUACUACCUAGUCUAGUCUCUACGCAACACCGCCACGACGAGGACGCGACGACGACAAGGACGACGGCAAUAAUCUCUUCUAUCUCUUUCUCUCCUCUGGAUUCUCGCCUAUGUGCAUUGCCGCAUCGCGCGAGAUCCCAGUCUCGAUCGAUCGAUCGCGCCUAAAAUUUGCUCCUGCCUCGUGGACGCCGCGCCUGGAAUUUCGAAGGGAAUGAGGCGAUCUGGGAUAGCACGAGGAGGAGGGGAUUAGCGGCGAUGGCGGUGAUUGAGGAGGAGGAGGAGGAGACAAUGGGUGGAAUCUGAGAGCUUCGGAUGGUCUCAGGUAAGGCAGAAAUCACAUGGCAUAUGCUGGAUAUAAGAAUUUGUUAAGUGUUGGUUCUCGGGCAGUACGGUUGGAUAGGCCUUUCUCAGUUGGCACAAUGGCAAAGCCCUCCGUUCCUUCGCCGCCACCGCCACUCGGGGGCCCGCUACUGCGCCCCAAAUCGGCCUCUCCUUCCUCGGCACGGCGCUCCAGCAUUGGCUCUCAAAAAAAUGAUUCCCACAUAUCGGGAAGAGUGCGUGUGGCUGUGCGCAUUCGUCCCAGGAAUGCGGAAGAGCUUAUAGUGGAUGCGGAUUUUGGAGACUGUGUGGAGCUCCAGCCCGAGCUCAAGCGACUCCGACUGAGGAAGAACAACUGGGACUGUGAAACUUACCAGUUUGACGAGGUGUUUGCAGAGACGGCCUCCCAGAAGCGUGUCUACGAGGUUGUGGCGAAGCCAGUGGUGGAGGUAUGUGGCACCUUCGAGUGUUUUAACACUGGUCAAUCAGUCCUGGCUGUUACUCUUGCGCAGAGCGUGCUCGAAGGCUACAAUGGAACGGUCAUGGCCUACGGGCAGACGGGAACUGGGAAAACGUUCACUCUCGGAAGGCUCGGGGAGGAAGAUAGUGCGGACAGAGGAAUCAUGGUUCGGGCCAUGGAGGAUAUUUUGUCUGAUAUUUCUCCAGAGAACGACUCCGUUACCGUUUCCUACCUGCAGCUGUACAUGGAGACGGUGCAGGAUCUUUUAGCUCCCGAAAGGGAUAACAUUCCCAUUGUCGAAGAUCCAAAGACCGGGGACGUGACGCUUCCUGGGGCUACUCUGGUUCCCAUUAUUGAUCACAGAAGUUUCGUUCGUUUGCUACAAGUGGGUGAGGCUAAUAGAUUUGCGGCCAACACAAAGCUUAAUACCGAGUCAUCACGCAGUCAUGCAAUUCUUUUGGUAAAUGUAAGAAAGGUAGGGCGUGCCAAGCCGGACAGGGAAGUAGUUGUACUGAGCGAGAAUGGAAAUUGCGUCCAGGUUGCCAAAGGGAACCGUGUACCAACAAUCCGUAAAAGUAAGCUGGUAAUUGUUGACCUUGCCGGAUCGGAGCGAGUAUACAAGUCAGGUAGCGAGGGACAUACUCUUGAGGAGGCAAAGUCCAUUAAUCUAUCGCUUACUGCUCUUGGCAAAUGUAUCAAUGCGCUUGCCGAAAACAGUCCACAUGUCCCAACGAGAGACUCAAAACUCACCAGAAUCUUGCGAGAUUCAUUCGGAGGAACUGCUAGAACGUCCCUUAUUAUCACGAUUGGGCCAUCUCCACAACAUCGUGGAGAAACUGCGAGUACUAUAAUGUUUGGACAGCGUGCCAUGAAAGUUGAGAACAUGGUGAAGUUGAAAGAGGAGUUUGACUAUAAGGGCCUUUGCCGGCGCCUAGAGUCUGAGCUCGACAAACUUAUUGUAGAGAAUGAGCGUCAGGCCAAGGCCAUAUUCGACAGCGAGGAAGAGCUGGAGAAACGGCUGGAGGAAGCACGACACUGCGUUGCAGAGGCUGAAAAUAAGCUGGCAUCGUCUCUAGAUAGACACAUGCAAAUGGAGAAAGCUAAGCACCAAAAGGAGCUGAUGGAACUAUCGCAAAAGCAUACUCAAGAAGUAGCCGUGCUGAUGCAAACGCUGGCCUUAGAACGAGCUCAAAAGGAUAAUCUGGAAAAGGACUCUUCAAGUAAUGACUCGACUUUACAACCAGACGAGGCCUUGCAACUGAAGCAGCUGCUUAAAAAAGAGUCUCGUUUGAGAGAACAAGCCGAGCAGGAAUUGAGGAUUUUAAAAUCUGGAAAUUCUGCUGUUGCAUCCGAGAACGAAAUCAUACUGAGCCUCCAAACGAGGCUGGACGAAGAGACCAGAGCUAGAGAGGCGCUGGAGAAGGAGAUCCAGGCUCUCAAACAGCAGCUGCAAGUGAAUGAUGAGGUUGAUGAGCCAAGGAAGAGCCCGGAAAAGGAUGCAGGGUCUGGUGCAGACAGUCCAGCCGCUUUACUGAGGCCUCAAAGUGCCAGGAGUGAGAAUGGCGGCGGCCAAAGGGCAACAAUCGCUAGGCUCUUUGAGCAAGUUGGACUUCAAAAGAUACUGUCUUUGCUGGAGUCAGAAGACAUUGACGUGCGAGUACAUGCCGUAAAAGUAGUUGCAAACUUAGCAGCUGAAGAAGCGAACCAAGAAAAGAUCGUUGAAGCAGGAGGGCUACAUUCUCUUCUAUCGCUUUUGAGAGGUUCUGAAGACGAAACUAUCAGGCGUGUGGCAGCAGGUGCCAUUGCAAAUCUGGCAAUGAAUGAGAUCAAUCAGGAGCUGAUAAUGACGCAAGGUGGCAUUGGGCUCUUGGCCAAGACGUCUGAUGAGGCCGAUGAUCCUCAAACUCUUCGAAUGGUGGCAGGAGCCAUAGCCAAUCUGUGUGGGAAUGAUAAACUUCAAAUGAGGUUGCGAGAGGAAGGUGGCAUCCGGGCUUUGCUUGGCAUGGUAAGAUCGAGACACCCAGACGUUCUCGCUCAAGUUGCCAGGGGCAUAGCCAACUUUGCUAAGUGCGAAUCCAGAGCCGCUGCCCAAGUGUCUGGAGCUUUUGCAGGCUAUCGGAACGGCCGGUCUCUACUGAUUGACGAUGGAGCAUUGCCUUGGAUAGUGGCAAAUGCCAACAACGAAGCAUCUCCGAUCAGGCGGCACAUAGAACUCGCGCUAUGUCAUCUGGCACAACACGAGGUGAAUGCCAAAGAUUUGGUCGCAGGCGGCGCUCUCUGGGAGCUCAUUCGCAUUUCGAAGGAGUGCUCCCGGGAAGACAUCCGCAACCUCGCGUUUAGAACGCUGAAUGCCAGCCCAACGUACCAAGCCGAGCUGAGACGACUGCACCUAGCAUACUGAUUGAGAUUGAGAUUUUUGGAUCGCCACCUUUUCUCGCGUGUAAGUAUACACUUGUUCGAGCAGCAGAGCACAGCCCCAUGGAGCAAAGUUUUGGACAUGUUCAUUUUUUGGUGAAGAGAAUACAAAAGCAAUGGAUUGUAA